AUGCGCUUCCAAGUUCAGGCUUGCUUCGAUACAGCGGCACAUGCACUUACCCUUUCCUCCGAGGCAUCCGAGAACUCUGCCAUACUAGUGGCCGAUGACUGCGCGGUCGAACUACAAGUUGCGCCGGUAGGUAGUGAUGGAGCUGGUGCUACUGGCAUCUUGCCAACUACGCACACACUCACUGCAUUGCCGUGGGAUAGCAGCCGCAUGCGGCUUUGCGUCAAUGGCAUUAGCUACGGCACGGGCCCGCUGGUGCUGCGGGAUGGCGAUCAGCUUACGCUGCACCCCAGCCACGCCACAGAGGCCACAACGCCGUUCAUAUACACCGUCGAUGCCGUUCCUGCGUCGGCGAAUGUGGAUGAUAAGGAGAUGAGGGAUGGCGUCCCACUUGCGACCCGCUCCAGUGCAUCGGAGGAGAAGAAUCGACUGCGCGCGGUCAUGUCAAACGUGGAGCAGUAUGCGAAGUGGAACAAUUUUUACAGCCACCGGUUCACCAACCUCGCCACGAUUCACCUGCCGCCGGGCGAUGGCACUCGUUCCGUAGGUCAUCUCCACAAAUGUGUGUGUGGGCUCUAUGUGCAGACGGAGGUGGGCCCAUCCGAUGCCAUGCCGCGUGAGACACACGUACCCGACGCCGCGCAAACGCAUCUAGUACUGAAUGGAGACGCUGAAGUGAGCAGUGUGCCGUCGUCUGUACAUGCCCGCACCCUCGUCACGCUUCUCCCCAGCCUCCCCCAGCUGCUGGAGUUUGAGUCUUCAUCAGCGCAGCAACAGACAACACUCCAUGAACCUUUGCCGGUGAUGUGCUGCUGCUGUCCAUUCACAUCUGCGUCCUCAAAUCCUGCGCUGCGACUCUGCGAAAGGAAGUUAUCUCAUACAUUGGCGGCCAAGACCUCCGCCCCCAUGGGUGCGAACACCGAUGCGCAGCAAGUCCGAGAGGCCAGGUCGUCCUCGUGUGAUGUAGGACCGACUCCUUGGAGUGUCUACGCUCACGCUCGUCGCGGAGGCUCGGUAGCGGCUCAGCACGUCAGCCAUGUAAAAGAGGCAAUUGAUGCACGCGGCACUGACGCAUUCGUGGAUGAGGCUUCACUUGACCGGGCAGCUUCAGAGCUUCUGAGCCGCAUUAGCUUCUUAGAGAGUGCCCUGAUGGGGCUUCACUACGAAUGA